GCUGCUGCCUGUGUGUGUGUCCCGGACCCCCUCAAGACUUUGCACCGGCCCGAAACGUCUGCCCGCCUUCAGUCCAUCCUUCCGCCUCCACUUGAGCGCACGCCGUGUCUCACCAUUCUCUCGCACUCCACCAGUCUCUAUAGUCGGGUUUUGGCUAUCGUUCUCUCCAUUCUCACUCCGACUCCCGCCGUUUCCGCGCGGCGUUCCCCGAAAAAGUUGCGCCCACUUGCACCUCUCUCUCUCUUUCUCUCUCUCUCUCUCUCUCUCUAUUGCAUCUGAUUUCAAUUUUUUGUCACUGACGGUUUUCAUUCGUUCAUCGAAAGGCAACUUGUUAACUCUGACUGUCCAUUCUAUAGAUUCCAACUCAGUUGAAUUUCCUUGCAUCUGGCUUGUCAUUUCAUUUUGGGUUUCAAUUGCAUUUAAAAUUAUAUAGUUCCCUGCCGUUAAUUGUUUCAUUGGCUAUUACUUUCGGUUGGACGUUUGAUAAGCGCGAUAAAAAGAGCUGUAAUUAAAAAAAAAAAAAAAAAAUGAAAACCUUUGUUUGUCCGAUUGAGCGAGUGGCGGCUCGUCGAUUGUUGAUCUGUUUCGUGCUGGUUCAUGUGCUGACGAUGAUCGAGUGUCUUCCGCUGUCCGGCACGGCUGCCGUCCCUUCUGCUUUGUCCUCGUCGUCGCCGCUCGGCGAAGACCUUCUUCGUCUCUUCAACGUCAGCAACGAAGAUGUCGAAGCCUCUCGCCAAAAGCAGCUCGCCAUCCGCCAUUCCAGCAGUGUCAAUCACCAUAAUUUCCCCGCCAACAGCCGCCAGCAACAACACCACCACCAACAGCAUUCAUCGUCGCAUGCUGCUCAUCCGGAAGUGGCGGUACCUGCAUCCGCUUAUGACGCUCAAAUCAGCAUCAUUCAUCAACGCAACAGAUCAAAUGUGGCUGUUAAUAUGAGCACUAGGUCGGCUCUUCAACGUAAACAAGAAGUGUUCCGAAAUGUUCUGGGUUUUGUUAACCUUAAUGGUCGUCCUCAAAUUCCGGCAAUACCGGGAGGGACAUUGCCCGGUGCUCCCCCAAUUCCCCCUUUUUUCUCUCCGUUCCAACGCCCUGAAGCAACAGUCGACCUCUACGAACGCACUCGUUACCUGCAACCAUCAUGUGACGGGCCGAAACACGCGGAUGAAGAAAUCUGGUCGUCAGGAUCCUCAUCACCACUGUCAUUUCAUCUGUUCUUCAAUCUAAGCGGGAUCCAAUCUCAGACUCGUAAUGGGUUCCAACUUUUUGUCACUGGGGCUAAGUUGCGUCUACUUAAAUUCGUUGAGGGAGAGGCGUUUCCUUCAGUCAACCUCGGCCCAGAAAAAGCAGAUACAAGCUCAGGAUUCGUUGGUCUAGAACAACCUCUGCAAAUGCUGAAAGCCGUACCAUUUUUUGACACCCCAUUGCAGCCUUCGGACGAAGAGAAAAUUCGCGUCUCGGUUCAUAAUUAUACUCGCGCUCUCAAACGAAACCGUGUCCAGAAGAAGAAGUUGUUAGACUCUCAAAUGGCUAUGGCCAAAGAAGAAAACUUUAUGAAGCUGGACAUUAAAUUGGCCGCUCGAUGGUGGCUUGCUCCAGGUGGCCGUAACUUUGGACUGGCGAUAGAAGUAGAAGACACAGAUGGUCAGCGCAAGCCAGUUACUCGCUUUUUCCGACCACGUAACUGCUCUUCUGAAAUUGAAGGUUCCAUCCGAUCCGACGAAAUUUUAGACCCAACAAACGUCGUUUCGCCUGUUCUUGAGCUGACAGUCAUUGAAAUGCCCGAAGGUAGGAGUGUGUUCGAGAUACCAUCAAGUGUCAUCAAAGGCCGAUUUGAAGAAACGGAAAGCGUUGGAAGUGAAUAUAUCGACACACUGAGUGAAAUAAUGGAAGAGCCGACAUUGCGAAAGCAUCGACACCAGCACUCGAGUCGUAUUAUUCACACUUCCCAGGAAGAGCAGGCGGACGAAGCAGUUUUCCGAAUAAACAACAAAACAUUGAAGAGUGACUUUGCGUCCAGCCCCACCACAGUAGGGAAGCACAGGAUUUCACAUCGCACGAGCAAUCAGACACCAAACCAUCGUCCGACCUUAUCUCCAGUACCGACCUUAGCCACUCUGGAAGAUCAUGAUCUUUUACGAGAGAUUGAAGAAGAAGAAACGAUUUGGCCCGAGGUUGACGAGUCACGCAACCUGUUACGCUCUACCAGCAUUUUCUUGCAGAGAAUGAUGCAACAGCCACCACAACAGCAUAAUUCGAAGAUGACACAUUUUUCCCGGACUAAAGACAACAGAAAACAAUAGAUAUCUAAUUCACUUGAUUCCCCAGUGACUCGAGACUCGAUUCUAGAAAGAAUGAUAAAAGAACAAAAAGAAAAUAGAGUUUUUUUUUGGAAAGCGCCAUGUAAAAAUAUAAAUUCGACUUACUGGGAUGGGAAUCCUGGUAUCCACUAUCGAAAAAAAUCCUCACAUCCCACUCCUCGCCUGCCUGCUUUAGAACGUUCCCGUCUUGUCCCAUACCUCUUAGAAAUCAUAUCCCUUAAUCAGAUACCCAAGUUUAAAGUUCCAUGUAAAAAAAUACAAAUACAAUAGUAAUAAAUAAGUAAAUAAUAAUAAUAACAAUAAUAAUAAAUAAAAAUAAAAAUAGAUUUUAAUUUGACUCGUUGUAACCGAUUUGUCGACUAUGGUUUAUCUUUUGCCCAUACCAUGUAAAUCAAAUUUUUUUUCGAAUGGCAAAAUAAGUGUCGCACUUACUACAUUAACUAAAACUACCAUCUGCGUCCUAGACUAGAUUGCAACUGUUUAAAAACCGUGGCCAACCAUUCCUUACCUAAUAGGUAUUCUCUCAAUAUUUUAAAACCCAGAUAGUCUCGCGAAUAGAUUAUGCCAAACGCCAUUGAUGGCUAAGAUUUGACGAUUUAUUUUCCCCAAUAGUUCAUCAUUCUUCAUUAUAUUAUGAUAUUCUCGACAUUAAAUAUCUGGUUUGAUUUGUUAUUUUGUAAUGCUAUAGAGAUAACGUACAACCCUAAUUGCGCUGUACUGAAAUUGAGCCGCUUCUGUACCACACUAUUUCAUCUCAUCUACACUCGCCACAGCCUUUUCAAAUUUAUCAAUUGAACAGAUGUUGGCUAUGUACAUAUGUCAAGAAAAUAAUUUGCGAACAAGGUAUCGCGUGUUGCCCUAUGAUAAUUUAUAUACAAAACUUAAAAAGAUUAAAUAAUCCAAAUCGAUUUAAUGAAUAUUGUCUCUUCAACGUUACGUUCUUGUAAAACUUCUUUCUUUCACAAUCCCCUAGUUCUUGUUACUUAUUUGAUAUUGUUGUACGGUAUUUUUAUGUGAAUAAACGUCAAAACCUACA